AUGGCUACUCCGUCAGCUACAACAUACUUUACUCCUGGCUUAGAGUGGAACAGAUCUAAGUACACCAACCAAAAGUCUCGAAAGAAGCUGUUUGAGGACAACGUUUCUCGAGCGGAAGCUGUUCUUAAGUCCAAAUUAUCUGCCCUUGGGGGUCUCAAGAAAAUUGUCAAUAUCUCCUUUAGCGACAAUCAUGGCCACCUUUCGUCCCCGCCUGUCUUUAUUGACGCACGAUCUGGAGAAGAAGCUAAGAUCGUCGAGAACUCGGAUGUGGCAUCACUGCCAAAGGACGAGAUCGUGACAUUAACGAUAGACCCUGAGUACCUUAUGAAGCUCGCUGAGGGAAAGGGCAGUGGCGACUUCCAAGGCAUCAAUGCCGGGCCAGGCGACACCAUCAGCAUGUUCACCAUUUUCACGUCCAUGCGCUUAGCCGACUUACUGCACCCCAAUCCUCCCACUCCAGUGACACCCGCGUCGGCAUACCCCCCUGAGUCGCUGCCUAAGCCGACGACGGAUAUUGCCGAGCUUAGACGGGACCUCGUGAGAUGGGGUUAUGCAUUUGCGAAGGACGCUCUCUCCCCUUCCCAGGUAGAGAUUAUCAAAAAGGCGGUACUGGAGCAAGCAGCAGGCGAGAGGAAAGCAGCCGCCGAGGGAACCAUGGCUCUCAGCUUUGAGGGGCCCAACCAGCGCAUUAAUGCCCUAAUCAAUAAAGGCGAUGAGUUCCUCGACCUACUGAACGAUCCCCUCAUCGACGAAAUCGUCCCCUGGUACCUAGGUGAUCACGCGCUGCUCGCCUCGUACAGCGUGAACAUCGCCAACCCAGGCGGGUUCCCACAGCACCUACACCGUGAUCAGGGUAUACACGGCCCACCGAACAACGAGCUGCCGUACGGCGUCCAACUGGCGUACUAUCUCGUCGAUACGACGGACGAGAACGGCGCGACACGUGUCAUCCCGGCUUCGCACUUGGGCAACGUGGCACCGCGCGACCGGCUUGACGGCUCUGAGACGGUUGCAGCUGCUGCGCCAGCUGGGACGGUCAUGAUUUUCGAUAGUCGCCUGUGGCACGGCACAGGAGCGAACCGCACCACUGACACCGUGCGCCCCGUGAUCUUGACAUACUUCAUGCGGUUCUACCUGCGCACGAUUGAGAACUUCUACCUCCCACUGCGCAAGGAUGUUGAGGCGAAGCUGAGCGAUCGCCACAAGUCGCUCUUGGGCUUCCGUGUCGCUGGCACGGCGAUUGGGGGUGUCGAGGGUAUUAAGCCUGGGGAUCCGUAUAUUGAGCACAAGGAAGGUCGGGGCAGGAUGCGUGCACCUGUUGUGAGUGCUUAG